AUGCGUGUGCAUAUCUAUCUAUCUAUCUAUCUAUCUAUCUAUCUAUCUAUCUAUCUAUCUAUGACAGUAUUCUCCUAUAUACUUAUAUUCGUAUGCAUAUCUAUUUAUCUAUCUGUCUGUCUGUCUAUUUGUGAAUCUGUUCGUAUCUCUGUAUAUGCAUGUGCAUACACUAUCUAUCUAUCUAUCUAUCUAUCUAUCUAUCUAUCUAUCUAUCACAGUCACUUCCUAUCUAUCUAUCUAUCUAUCUAUCUAUCUAUCUAUCUAUCUAUCUAUCUAUCUAUCUAUCACAGUCACUUCCUAUCUAUCUAUCUAUCUAUGACAGUAUUCUCCUAUAUACUUAUAUACGUAUGCAUAUCUAUUUAUCUAUCUGUCUGCCUGUCUAUUUGUGAGUCUGUUCGUAUCUCUGUAUAUGCAUGUGCAUACACUAUCUAUCUAUCUAUCUAUCUAUCUAUCUAUAAACAUUUCUUUCUUUCUUUUCUUCUCUCGUUCUUUCUUUCUUUCUUUACCGUGUUAUUCCUCUCUUCUUUCUUUCUUUCUCGUUUUAUUUCCAUCUUCCCGCUCUCUUUCUUUCUUUCUUUCUUUCUUUCUUUCUUUCUUUCUUUCUUUCUUUCUCGUUUUAUUUCCAUCUUCCCUCUCUUUCUUUCUUUCUUUCUUUCUUUCUUUUUUCUUUCUUUCUCGUUUUAUUUCCAUCUUCCCUCUCUCUUUCUUUCUUUCUUUCUUUCUUUCUUUCUUUCUUUCUUUCUUUCUUUCUUUCUUUCUUUCUUUCUCGUUUUAUUUCCAUCUUCCCGCUCUCUUUCUUUCUUUCUUUCUUUCUUUCUUUCUUUCUUUUUUCUUUCUUUCUUUCUUUUCGUUUUAUUUCCAUCUUCCCGCUCUCUUUCUUUCUUUCUUUCUUUCUUUCUUUCUUUCUUUCUUUCUUUCUUUCUUUCUUUCUCGUUUUAUUUCCAUCUUCUCUCUUUCUUUCUUUCUUUCUUUUUUCUUUCUUUCUUUCUUUCUUGUUUUAUUUCCAUAUUCCCGCUCUCUUUCUUUCUUUCUUUCUUUCUUUCUUUCUUUCUUUCUUUCUUUCUUUCUCGUUUUAUUUCCAUCUUCCCGCUCUCUUUCUUUCUUUCUUUCUUUCUUUCUUUCUUUCUUUCUUUCUUUCUUUCUUUCUUUCUCGUUUUAUUUCCAUCUUCCCGCUCUCUUUCUUUCUUUCUUUCUUUCUUUCUUUCUUUCUUUCUUUCUUUCUUUCUUUCUUUCUCGUUUUUAUUUCCAUCUUCCCUCUCUUUCUUUCUUUCUUUCUUUCUUUCUUUCUUUCUUUCUUUCUUUCUCGUUUUAUUUCCAUCUUCCCGCUCUCUUUCUUUUUCUUUCUUUCUUUCUUUCUUUCUUUCUUUCUUUCUUCCCGCUCUCUAUCUUUCAUACUUUCCCGUAUUCUUUCUUUCUUUCUUUCUUUCUUUCUUUCUUUCUUUCUUUCUUUAUCGUGUUCCCGCAAGUUUGGAACGGGGACACGGAGCGUUUUUCCUCCCAGCCUUUGGUAUAUAUGCCGUGCGCUACAACCCCUCCAAUGUCUUGCUUUCAAACUACAUUUCAAGAGCUAAAUUUGUCAUCAGACCAAUAAUAUCUUCCUGCUUCUCUUCGUCAUUUGUCAUAUUCUUCAAAUUGUAG